AUGCCGUCCGCCACUGCAUCUGGAGCCGACACUGGGGGCUCUGCGAAAUCUCGCGAGCAUAACCAAGGGAACCAGGACCGCAAAUACACCCCGGACCAGAAGGCCGCCGUGCUCAGAAUCCGCAAAUGCUCGACGACGGCGUUCUACGAAAUCUUGUCGUUGGAGAAGACCGCCUCGGAUGGCGAGAUUAAGAAGGCGUAUCGGAAACUCAGUCUGUUGACACAUCCGGACAAAAAUGGUUAUGAUGGGGCAGAUGAGGCAUUCAAGUUGGUAUCGCGGGCUUUCCAGGUUCUUUCGGACCCCGAUAAAAAGUCGAAAUACGAUAAGUUCGGAGGAGACCCCGAUAGCAGAUUCACGCCCAGCGCGGGUCCCUCGGGAGGCUCGCCUUUCGGUGGCUUCGGCGGCGGCGGCUUCCCGCGGUCUGGAGGUGGCCCUGGCUUCGAGGAGGAAAUAUCGCCGGAGGAGCUGUUCAAUCGGUUCUUCAACGGGGGUUUUGGGGGUGGGUUCAGUCCGUUCGGGGGCCCGCAGUUUGUCUUCAACAUGGGAGGAGGCCCUGGUUUCCGAGUUCAUCAGUUUGGAGGCGCCCGGCCGCGGAGACGACCUCGUGAAGCCAAUGCGCAGUCUGAACCAGCUCCGUCGGGCUGGGCGGCGUUCCAGCAACUCUUGCCUCUCAUCCUUCUCUUCGUCCUUCCUCUGCUUUCCUCGCUUUUCUCUGGCUCCUCUUCUCCCUCCGGCCCUACGUAUAGAUUCGAUACUGCGGUGCCUCCGCAUACGAUGCAACGAACUACACCCAAACUGAACCUCAACUACUUUGUCAACCCUGGCGAUGUGGAAGACUACAGCGCCCGGAAAUUCCGCCAGUUAGACCAACGAGUGGAGGUGGACUACGUCUCCAAGCUUCGAUACGAAUGCGAGAGCGAAGUACACGCCCGGGAACGAAUGAUCCAGGAAGCGCAGGGCUGGUUCUUCCCCGACGUAGAAAAGAUGAAGGAGGCGAGAGCCAUGGAGCUGAAGAGUUGUCGGCGGUUAGACAACCUGAAAGGAAGCCCCGCUAAAGUGCAAGUGCCAUCACAAUCCUCGUCGGAGAUGUCUGACGGUCUCUCUGAGGCGGACAAGAUCCGUAACAAGCGUCUCGCAAAGUUGGGGAACCCGUCUCCACCAUCACCAGUCGAAGGCGCUGCAGACUCGGCAUCCAGCCAACCACCCACGCCUUCACAGACUGUUCCAUCUCGGGAAGCUUCAAGAACGCGGUCCAAUGUCGGAAGUGCCGCCAGUUCCCCGGCGCCAUCGCCUCGCCCGGAUUCACAACAGUCAGAAGGGAAACGGAUAAAAAUCACACCGGCCUCCACAACUGCCGCCGCCGAACGAUCACGACCUGCCACGCCAGUGGCUCCCAAGGCGGAAGAGACCAUCGAGACCUUCGAGGACCGUACCCUAAGUGCGAUCUUCAAGUUGACUCUGAACGAGGAUCGACAGCGGGAUAUCCAUGGACAGAGGCUGAACUUUUUGCCGGGACUGCGGAGCGAGCUGCAGGAUGAAGGUCGGGAGCUUCGCAUCGACACAUCGGUUCUGGACCAAGCUCUUCUAGAGGCUGCGUCAAACUCUCAGCAGAAACCGUUGAACUAUCUGCUUCCGUGCUGGAAGAGGAUAUCCAAGCUUCACAAAGGGUUCCGCCGCGCUCGGGAUGACGACCCGAAGUUCUUGGUGCUUUGCGAGGCUCGCCGGCUCUGUUUGAGCUACUGCAUGUUUGCGAUCACGAUGCCGGAAAUGUUUGGGAUCGACCCGUCGGGACGGUCGACGUUAAAACCUUAUCUACUCUUGGAUCCCGAGGAUGAGAAGGGCGUGGACUUCGAGUUCAUCAGCGAGGCUGUGAAGAGAUUUGAUGAGGACGAAAAUAUCAAGCCGGCGUUUAUAGCCGCUGUCGAGGAAAUGAGCCGAGAGCUGUCCGCCCUGAACAUCAAUGAUGACUAUAAGCCCUACGUGACAGCUCUGCGCAACCUGGUGCGUCACGCCGUCAUUGGAGCUGCCAUCACGGAAUCCUCUAUCUUCAACGCGUCUCGCGAUCCUGCCCUGUUUGAGAAGGAAACAUUGAUCGGGCCAUGGUUCCGCCUAUCGCCUCUGCAGGGCGAUGUGACUAUGCAGUAUUUCUCAAGCCCCAAGACGAGAGACCAGGCCUAUAUUCUCAAUGCGCAACGGUCUCUCCGGAUGAUGCAGCAGAUCCUUAGCUCAGAUCUUCUAGACAUUAUCAACCACAUGAUCCGGGCGUCGAAGGAUGCCAGAGAUAGAAUUUUGGACUGGUUCGCUGCGGCGUUGAACAUCAACCACAAGCGACGGGCUAUGCAGGUAGACCCUAAUUCAGUGUCGUCAGAUGGAUUCAUGUUCAACCUGACGACGUGCUUGGAUCAGCUAUGUGAGCCUUUCAUGGACGCGAGCUUCACCAAGAUUGACCGCAUUGAUGCAAACUACUUGCACCGAAACCCUCGGGUUGACUUGAGGGACGAAACCAAGAUCAAUGCCGACCAGCACGCUUCGGAUGCGUUCUAUUCCAAACCGGCCGAGGGCACCUCAAACUUUAUCACCGAGAUCUUCUUCUUGACCGUUGCCGCUCAUCACUAUGGCAGUGAAUCUUUGACAUCGAAAUUGGAUCAAUUGGAGAAAGACCUUCGCCACAUGGAAUCUACUAUCACUAAGUUUGAGGCAGAACGGCACAAAUGGAUCAACAACCCGAUGCAGCUCCGGGUAUUCGAAAAUGCUUUGAAGAAAUACAAGGACAAGUUGGACCUCGGCCUUGCCUUGAAGUACAGUCUCCAGGGUGUCUUGUUCGACGACCAGUGGCAGGCCCGCUCUAUGUUGUUCAUGCGCUACGUGAUUGUUUGGCUGCUCCGUCUUGUCUCAGGCAGGAACUUUCCCAAGGAAGAGAUCAAACUGCCUCUCCCCGAGCAGCAACCAGAAGUCUUCAAGUGUUUGCCGGAGUACUUUGUCGAGGACGUUGUCAGCAACUUCAAGUUUAUCAUGUGGUGCAUGCCUCAGAUCAUCACCGCUACCCAGGGAGAUGAGCUUGUUAUGCUUUGCAUUACCUUCUUGGAAAGUUCUGGUUACAUUAAAAACCCCUACCUCAAAGCAGGCCUCGUUUCGAUUCUUUUCCGAGGCACGUGGCCGCGCCCUGGUGGCGCCCGUGGUGUCUUGGUGGACCUCCUUAACUCCAUGCCGUUUGCCAAUGAUCAUCUGCUUCACUGUCUGAUGAAGUUCUACAUCGAGGCCGAGCACACCGGCACUCACACGCAGUUUUUCGACAAGUUCAACAUCCGAUAUGAGAUCUUCCAGAUCAUCAAAUGCAUCUGGCCAAACACCUUGUACCGGAACAAGCUGUACAACCAGUCCAAGAAGAACCUCGACUUCUUCGUUCGCUUUGUGAAUUUGCUCUUGAACGACGUGACCUUCGUGCUCGACGAGUCGUUCGGUGCGUUCAUUACCAUCCACAAAACCCAGACGGAGCUGCGCCUUGAAGGAGCGACCAUGGAUCCUACCACGCGUCAGCAAAAGGAGGAAAAUCUGGCCUCUGCCCAGCGGAAUGCGAAGUCCUACAUGCAAUUAACCAACGAGACGGUUUCUAUGCUGAAGCUCUUCACCGACGCCUUGGCGGAGUCGUUCACGAUGCCUGAAAUCGUCCAGCGAUUGGCAGACAUGCUGGACUAUAACCUGGAUGCCAUGGUGGGUCCCAAGAGUUCCAGUUUGCGUGUGGAAAAUCUCCAGGAUUAUGGAUUCAACCCGCGAGCAUUGUUGAGCGAGAUCGUCGAUGUGUACCUGAACCUAAUGAGCAAGGAGAGUUUCAUCGUUGCCGUGGCUCGAGAUGGACGGUCUUACAAGCCGGCGAACUUCGAAAAGGCCGUGGAGAUCUUGCGCAAAUGGUCUCUCAAAUCUCCUGAAGAACUCAAACGGUGGGACAAACUGCUGUUUAUGGUCAAAGAGGCCAAGGCGGUCGACGACCAAGCGGAAGAGGAUCUUGGAGAAGUUCCUGAUGAAUUUUUGGAUCCUCUCAUGUAUACCCUUAUGGAAGACCCGGUCAUCCUGCCUGGAUCGCGAGUAUCCAUUGAUCGCUCGACCAUCCGGUCUCACUUAUUGAGUGAUCCCCAUGACCCGUUCAACCGAGUUCCGCUCAAGAUGGAGGAUGUCACGCCAGAUACGGAACUUAAGGCUAAAAUCGAGGCAUUCAAGGCGGAGAAGCUGGCCGAGCGGAGAACGGCAAGGGCACAGGGCGCACCCGAGUCAAUGGACACAUCUACAGGCUAA